CACAAAUCCUACUUCAAAAAGAACAUAAGAAUGCAGGGUUCAAGAAAGAACAGACACUUGAUUGUUUUUGCAGCCAUUCUGGCGCUCGAGAUGGGGGCUCGUUGCGAAGCCACAGCGCGGUGGCGCGUGGAUGACAACGAGGAGGGAACGAUGAAGAGGUACGAGGAGUGGAUAGUUGAAUAUGGACGGGUGUAUGCAAAUCAGACAGAAAAGAUGAAACGGUUCAGUGUAUUCAAAGAUAAUGUGGAGUAUAUCAAUUCUUUUAAUCUCGGAAACUAUACUUUCACCUUAGGUAUCAACCAGUUUGCGGAUUUAACUAAUGACGAAUUCCGAACAACAAUGGCGUGCGAGAUGCCAUCCCAUUCCGAGAAAACGCCAUUUAUGUACGAGAAUGUGACGGUCCUUCCUCCCACGAUGAAUUGGUUACAAAGGGGAGCAGUGACUCAGAUUAAAAAUCAAGGACAAUGUGGGUGUUGUUGGGCAUUUUCUGCGGUGGGGGCGACGGAGGGAAUCACUCAGAUAAGAACAAAAAAACUAAUCUCUUUGUCGGAGCAACAGCUGGUGGACUGCGAGACCGUAAGCCACGGCUGCAACGGCGGGUGGAUGCAAACGGCAUUCAAGUACGUGGCCAAGAACAGAGGCAUAACCACGGGAGCCAAUUACCCAUACACCAUGAGAAAGGGGAUGUGCAACACGGCCAAGGCAUCCCAAGCGGCCGCUAGAAUCUCCGGCUUACAGAACAUUCCUCCGAACAGCGAGGCGGCGAUUAUGCAGGCGGUGGCGAACCAGCCGGUGUCGGUGGCCAUUGACGCCAUGGGAAGGCCGUUUCAGUUCUAUAAAGGGGGACUUUUCAGCACGGGGUGUACGACGAGGACGACCCAUGCGGUGACGGCGGUGGGGUAUGGGGUAAUGCCGGGAGGGAAAAAGUAUUGGCUGUUGAAGAACUCGUGGGGGGAACAGUGGGGAGAGCGUGGGUACAUAAAGAUGUUGAAAGAUAGUGGCGUGGCGCAAGGGCUUUGUGGCAUUGCCACACAAGCUUGUUAUCCAACUGCAUAGAUCAUAGAAUUGUCAAUUGAGAUUAGCACAUUAAAUAAGUUGUGUAAGAGUGUAUUAUGUGAGAUGUAUGGUAUUGCACUUUACUAAAAAGUAUUACACAUCUUAUCUUA